AUGAUAGUAUUCAGGCUACUGGUGGUCAUUGGUGUUGGCUAUCCUCUGUACCAGGAUGAACAAACAAAAUUCACUUGUGACACCAUGCAGCCAGGAUGCUCCAAUGUAUGCUACGAUGCUUUCUUUCCUGUAUCCCACUGCAGAUUUUGGUUUGUACAGGCCAUCGUGCUCUGCUUGCCUGUAGCUUUUUUCAUCCUACAUGUGGCCCACAGAAUGCCAAUGCAAAAUGCAAAAGCGAGUUCCCCCCAGUGCCUGCAGAAUCCGGCUGAAACUUCGUCCAUCAGAAAAGAGCCUGUGAGAAGUGCUUCCACGACUAGGAAAAGCCAGGAGAUAACUCUCCAUUUGAUGGACAUCCCCGAAGAAGCCAAGGCUAUAAAUGAAGACCUCAGAAUAAGGCAAAGAAUUCUUAAUUUCUGCGAGGCAUAUGUGCUUCAGUUACUUUUGAGGACUUUAUUGGAGGCAGGAUUUGGUGUUGGCCAAUAUUAUUUGUUUGGAUUUUUAGUCCCAAAUAGGUUUGUCUGCUCCAGUUAUCCAUGUGCCAACAGAGUGACCUGUUAUCCCUCCCGACCCACUGAGAAGACAUUGCUGGUUAAUUUUAUGUUUGGGGCCACUGCACUCUCCUUUCUCCUGAACUUUGUGGAUCUGAUUUAUGUAAUUAAGCAGGCUGUCAAGCAAAAUAAGAAGAAUAAGUUGCAGAUGAAACACUUUUAUCAAGCAGAGUCCUAUCACGACAUCCCAAGUGAACCCCGUGAGCUUUCCGAGCACAAUGUAGUCCAAGAGCAUGAAAUGCAUGUGACAGAAAGGCGAGAGAGUGGGGCAAGUGCAGGCAGUGAAGCAAAAUCUUGCAAAUCAGGGCAGGAGGAAGGCACUUGUGUGCAGUCAGGGGUGCUGUCAGGGGAUGUGGCUCUCUCUAACACCAACAGCAACAACACGCAUCUCACAGUGCUGACAUCCAGCCCUACUUCUAUGAGAGAACCCCCUGACAGGAAGUUGGCCCUCUUUGAGAAGGUGCAGGGGACCUCUCCUCCUGCCUUCAGCAGCUGCCCAGCCCACUUGCCAGGUCAGCAAGGCUCCAGAUUACGGCAGCACACACUACUGAAACCCACCCAAGCUCCACUGAGCAACAGUCAGCUGAUAGAUGAGUACAGGCUUGUUCAUAUGCGGGUCACAGACAGCCAGUCGAAUUGCAGCACAGGCAGUAGGAGAAAGAAAUCUGAGUGGGUUUAG